CCAUUAAUCCACACCCUCUUCGAAGAACUCACAGAAACCUGGCAAUACCUCGUCGCAGACCCCAUAACCCUCCACGCAAUCAUCAUCGACCCCCAUCUCGACAACCCCCCCUCCAGCACCAAAAUCUCAACAAUCGCCGCCGACCGCAUGAUUUCCGUCGUCACGCAAAAUCACUACCGCGUCGAUCGGAUCUUACACACCCACGAAUCCCCCCACCACGCCUCCUCAGCCUGGUACAUCCGCGCGCGCCUGCUCGAGAAAACCGGCGUGGCUCCGCGCGUCACGAUUGGGAGGAACAUGGCCGCCGUGCAAAGAGUUCUCCGAAGGAAAUUUUGUAUGAAUGACUCUUCAUCCUGGACUCCGGAUUUCGAAUUCCACACCCAAGAUUUCUCCGAUGGACGGGAAUUUUUGAUCGGUUGGCUCAAAGUGACGGUGCUCCAUUUUCGGAGUGGGAGUUUGGCGUUUGUGAUUGGGAGACAUGUUUUUGCGGGG